AUGAAUAACAAUAACAAUAGUAAUAAUCAAAACACGCACACAGUGUCAAACCUUUCGGCAGGGCUCAAGUCUGUUUCGCUAAGUGAUCAACAGCAAAACGAAUUGAACCAGAACUUGUUGCAACAAAUGCAGAAUAGUUCCUCAUCCAAGGAAGAACAACAGCAACAGCAGUCAAGAAUAAGCCAGUUUUUCCAAAAUCAACCACAUGAAGGAUACACCUUGUUUUCCCACAGAUCGGCGCCUAAUGGGUUCAAGGUUGCCAUCAUUUUGUCCGAGUUGAACUUGCCAUUCAAUACCAUUUUUCUAGACUUUAACAACGGCGAACAGCGUGCUCCUGAAUUUGUAACCAUAAAUCCCAACGCUAGGGUGCCUGCAUUGAUUGACCAUUACAACGAAAAUGUAUCUAUAUGGGAAUCGGGUGCGAUUAUCCUAUAUCUCGUUACCAAGUACAUGAAGGAGAAUAAUGAAUGCAGUUUAUGGAGUGAUAACCUUGUCGAGCAAAGUCAGAUAAAUUCUUGGUUAUUUUUUCAAACAAGUGGACACGCACCUAUGAUAGGGCAAGCCUUGCACUUUAGGUACUUCCAUUCUAGCCCAGUCCCAAGUGCAGUGGAAAGAUACACUGACGAAGUUAGGCGAGUUUAUGGGGUUGUGGAGAUGGCUUUGGCCGAAAGGCGAGAGGCGUUAAUUAUGGAUUUAGAUGUGGAGAAUGCUGCUGCUUAUAGUGCGGGGACCACACCAUUAUCGCAAUCGAGAUAUUUUGACUACCCUGUCUGGUUAGUUGGCGAUAGAGCAACAGUUGCGGAUUUGUCGUUUGUUCCUUGGAAUAAUGUUGUUGAUAGAAUUGGAAUUAAUCUCAAAGUAGAGUUUCCAGAGGUUUACAAGUGGACAAAAUAUAUGAUGCGAAGGCCAGCAGUUGUCAGAGCAUUACGUGGAGACUAA